GGCGGCCCCCGCAGCCCCCCGCAGCCCCGCGCCCCGGGCGCCUGCGACCACAGCGGCCGCCCGGGGAGGAAGAGGAGGAGGAGGAGGACGAGGGGGGAGGUGACAAACUCCGGCUCGGCGCGGCGGCAGGCAGCCCGCGGUCAGGCAUGCAGGCGCGGCGUCUAGCCAAGCGCUCCAGCCUGGGCAGCCGCCGGGGGAACGCCGCGCUGCAGCCGCCAGGCCCCGCGCCCACCCGGGAAGGCGCGCUGCCCGGGCUGCCGCCCCCCGCCCCGGCCCCGGCCCCGGCGCCGGCCCCAGCCCCGGCCCCGGAGAACUGGAGGCCGCCACUGCCGCCGCCGCGCAGCGCCGGGACCGGCCCCCCUCGGGCCGCCGGGGCCGCCGCCGCCUCGUCUCCGGUGCUGCUGCUUCUGGGGGAGGAAGACGAGGACGAAGAGGGCGGGAGCAGGCGGCGGAGGGGGCUCGGGCGGGUGCAGGCGAAGCCCCGAGGGGGCGCGGAGGAGGAGGAUGACGACGAGGAAGACGAGGACGAGGAGGUGGUCGUCGAGGUGGUGGACGGCGACGACGACGACGAGGACGGCGAGGAGCGCUUCGUGGCCCUCGGCCCCGGCCGCCAGCUCCCCAAGGGCCCGGGCCGGGGAGCAUUGAAGGUGGGGAGCAUUAAGCGGGAAAUGGCCUUCACAUUUCAACCAGAGGACUUAAAACGUGACUCUAGUAAAAAACUGUCUCAUCAACACUUGUUCCCCUUGGCCAUGGAGGAGGAUGUGAAAACAGCAGACACCAAAAAAGUCAACCGAGCCCUUGACCAUGAAAAAGAAAACACUCGCUCCAUCUGUCUCCUUGAACAAAAACGAAAAGUUGUUUCUUCCAAUAUUGAUGUUCCUCCAGCAAGGAAAUCCUCAGAGGAACUGGACAUGGACAAGGUGACAGCAGCGAUGGUACUAACCAGCUUGUCCACCAGCCCUUUGGUUCGGAGCCCUCCUGUGCGGCAGAACGAGGGCCUGAGCGGAUCGUGGAAGGAGGGAGGCGGCGUGCCUUCCAGCACGAGCAGCAGCGGCUACUGGAGCUGGAGCGCCCCCAGCGACCAGUCCAACCCGUCCACGCCGUCGCCGCCGCUGUCCGCCGACAGCUUCAAGCCCUUCCGCAGCCCCGCGCCCCCGGACGAUGGCAUCGACGAGGCGGAGGCCAGCAACCUUCUCUUUGACGAGCCCAUUCCCAGGAAACGAAAGAACUCCAUGAAGGUGAUGUUCAAAUGCCUCUGGAAAAACUGUGGGAAAGUUCUGAGCACUGCAGUGGGUAUCCAGAAGCACAUCCGGACCAUUCAUCUUGGGCGUGUUGGGGAGUCUGACUACAGUGAUGGAGAAGAAGACUUUUACUACACUGAGAUCAAGCUCAACACAGACUCGGUGGCAGACGGACUGAGCAGCCUGGCCCCGGUUUCGCCCUCCCAGUCCCUGGCUUCGCCUCCUACUUUCCCCAUCCCAGAUUCCAGCAGAACAGAAACUCCUUGUGCCAAAACUGAGACAAAAUUGAUGACACCCUUGAGCCGCUCUGCUCCCACCACCCUCUACCUCGUGCACACCGACCACGCUUACCAGGCCACGCCCCCUGUGAACAUUCCAGGAUCGGCCAAGUUCACCCCCAAUGGCAGCAGCUUCAGCAUUUCUUGGCAGUCUCCUCCAGUUACCUUCACAGGCAUUCCAGUGUCACCAACCCACAGUCACCCGGUGGGCACAGGAGAGCAGAGACAGCACACUCACACCGUCUUGUCCUCCCCACCCAGAGGGACGGUCAGCCUAAGGAAGCCCCGGGGAGAGGGGAAGAAGUGCCGGAAGGUGUACGGCAUGGAGAACCGUGACAUGUGGUGCACGGCCUGCCGCUGGAAGAAGGCCUGCCAGCGGUUCAUUGACUAAUGCACAGGCCCCUGAUCAUCGCCCAGACCCUCCUGCCCUUGACUUGUGCUGAGGGUGUUGGAAAGCGCUUUUCCUUCUGAAAAAAACACACUUGAAACCCAGGGAAGGCACUUCCGGGAACCUUGGUGAAAUCGCAGCAAAAAACAAAAAAGGUCACCACCCUCACUGUUCUUGCUGAGAACCCAGCCGAGAGCAGCUGUAACUACUUUUUUCCUUCAAAAAUCAACUUUUUUUUUUUUUUUUUUUUUUUUUUUUUUUGCUGUAUGUCUAGCUCUGAAAACUGUGGACUUCUGUAGCAAUCGAACCAACCAAGCCCAUUUUUCCUGGAAAGGAAGCCCAUUUUGAUAACCUUUCUGGAUAAUGUCGUUUCUGAGGUUUUUGGGGUUUUUUUUUUUUUUUUGACACUUAAAAAAAAAAGCUACAUGUUAUUCAGUAGCAUUUGUACAAAG